AUGUUAAAGGAACGUUCUGCCCUCAUAACGGGACAAGAUAUUCAUGCCCAUGAGGGAGCAAUAUUGACGAUGAAAUCCAAUCUUGAUGGGCAGUAUCUAGCUAGUGCUGGGAAGAUGGUAAAUCAUCGUGCUGAUUUGCCACCUCUCAUGGUAGAGAAAGAUAAGGCUAGCAAAUUCACAAGUCUUAGAAAAGCACCAAAUUCUUCGUGUAUUGUAUUUCCUUCUAAGGUUUUCCAAAUUUUGGAGAAGUCGUUGCAUGUGUUCCAAGGACACAAUGGGUUAUGGAGAGAUCUUGGAUCUUUCAUUGUCAAUUAA